UGGCCCGAACGGGGUUGCGGUGGGGGCGGUACUUCCGGUCCCCGCCCCGAUGUCCCGGUUGCUCCGUCCCGCGGCCCCGCGGCCCCGCCCGGCCCCAACAUGCGGCACGUCCCGCCAUGAGCCGGAAGCGCAGCGGCUUCGCCAUCACCAGCGUGAGAGGCGGGGCCGGGACCGAUCCCGAACCGGAGCACGCUGAACACGGAACUCCCGGCUCGUCCCGGUUCCGGUUAGUGCGGCUACCGGUAACGGGAGAAACGCUGCGGCGCGGCCGGUGGAUCUGCCGGGAUUUCUACGACCGGGAGGCGGCGGGUUCCACCCGGCUGCCGCUGUCCCUCGGCUCCGCCCCGCCGCGCCCCGCGCAGCUGCCCCGGUCGUGGGGACACGGCGGGACAGAGGCGCUGCCCCGCCCCCCAUCCCCAACGCACGGACGGCGCCCCGGGGCCGGCACCGAACGGCUCAGCGCGUGUCUGGGCCUCACCGGAACCGGGAGCGGGGAUGACAGCUCCAGCAGCGGCGUCAGCGCCAUUGACAACAAGAUUGAACAGGCCAUGGACCUGGUGAAGAGCCACCUGAUGUACGCGGUGCGGGAGGAGGUGGAGGUGCUGAAGGAGCAGAUCAAGGAGCUCAAUGAACGACGUGUGAUGCUGGAAAGGGAGAACGGGGCCCUUCGUGCCAUUGCCACCCCACAGCAGCUCGCACGCCUGCAGCCCCCCCCGCCAUGAACAUCCAGCCCCACCCCAUCGCUAUGGGGCCAACAUAGUGCAAUGAACCUCCCCACCCCAUCACUAUGGGGCAGCCAUAGUGCCAUGAACAUCCCCCCAAUAGCUAUGGGGCAGCCAUAGUGCCAUGAACCUGCCCCCCAUUGCUGUGGGGCUGCUGUAGUGCCACAUUCUGUGCCUUUCUCAGGGGUUGAGUGGAUGCUGGGGAUGGGGUGGUACCCCACAAUCCCAUCUCAGGGCAGCUCUGCUGCUGUUUUUAUACCGUGGAGGAAGAUGGGGGGGGUUGGGUCACACAGUGUGCUAGGGACGAUGACUUCCCCCCCCCCCCCCAAUUUCUUUCCCCCCAAGUUGAUUCGGGGCCUUUUAUAAUAAACUCGCACCUUUUCCAGCACGGAAAUCCCAACCCACAAAGACCGAGGGGGCGGGGCUUGUUUAGCGAGGGGUGUGUCCGGUAGUACGUGGGCGUGGUCUCGCCGCCAUGAGGCCGCCCGGGGCCGCUCCGGUCCCGAUCUUAAGGCGGCGGGGGGGACGCGUUGGGGCGCCCCGGCAGGUGCGCUUCGAGGACCCCCCCGCAAACGUGGUUGCCCCCCCCGGUUCCCCCCCGUUGGCGGCGCCGGUCCUUUGCAGCUCGCUGUGGGUGCGGGAGGGGCCCGACGCACCGGAGCCGUUUGACGCCGCUCAGGCCGCCUCGGAGCUGCUGGGGGCGUCGUUCGGAGCCCGGUGUGCGGUGGGGGCGGCGGCGGCCGGAGCCACCAACGUCCCCCCGGCUCAGCGCCUGUUCCGGGGGCUCCUCGCUCUCUCCGCUCCCGCCCCGCGACCCCCGCGACGCGCGGCCCCCCCGGAGCCGCCCCCGAAGACCCCGGGCCCGGAUCCGGUUCCAGCCGCUCUGGGGGGGCUCCCGUCGCUGUUUGAGACCCCUUAUUUGCCCCCCCUCGCAGCCCCCCCUUGGGGCUCCCCCCGCCCCCUUCCCCGACCCCCCGGAGCCGCUUUCGUUCCGUACCGGAAGUUGCAGCAGUGGGGGGGCAAUAAAUAAUACACCCUAAUAAAGUGUGGAUGACGUCA